ACAAUACCCGCUCCCUAAAACAUAAGUUGCGCUUUUGUUUGUACGUCUUUGAAAUUGAAAUUCUGACAGCAUGCCCUACGCAAAUCAGCCAACAGUCCAAAUAAGUCAGAUAUCGGACGAAAAUAUAAAAUUCAUUUUAGAAGACACUGAUUUAAGUGUUGCCAAUGCCUUGAGAAGAGUAUGCAUAGCUGAAGUUCCAACAAUGGCUAUUGACUGGGUACAAAUUGAGGCCAACUCUUCUGUGCUGUUUGAUGAAUUCAUUUCACAUCGUAUCGGUCUCAUUCCUCUUACAAGUGAUGAUGUUGUGGAUCGGAUACAGUAUUCCAGGGACUGCACGUGUGAGGAGUUUUGUCCAGAGUGCUCGGUUGAGUUUACCCUGGACGUGAAAUGCCAGGAUGACGUCACGCGUCAUGUGACCAGUGCAGACCUCAUCUCUAGCAACCCCAAGAUAGUGCCGGUAACUUCGAGGCACAAAGAAGAGGCCAGUGAAUACGAAGAUACUGAUGACAUCCUGAUUGUCAAGUUACGUAAAGGUCAAGAGUUGAAGGUGAAGGCCUUUGCUCGGAAGGGUUUUGCUAAGGAGCACGCCAAGUGGAACCCUACGACGGGCGUCGCGUUUGAGUAUGACCCAGAUAAUGCCCUGCGACAUACUACCUACCCCAAACCAGAGGAAUGGCCAAAAAGUGAAUUUUCAGAGCUGGAGGAAGAUGAACACCAAGCGCCGUUCGAUCCUAACGGGUUUCCCAACAAGUACUACUACAAUGUGGAGUCGUGUGGCUCCCUGAAGCCUGAGAACAUCGUGUUCUCUGCACUCGCAAAACUCAAAGAAAAACUGAGCAAUCUGCAGACACAGUUGAGCCAUGAAAUACAGUCAGACGUGUUGGCGGUGUGAUGGGCUAAUCUUGUUGUCUCAUUUAUCAUUCAUAUUUCAAUCAUUUGCUUGCAUACAUGGAAUAAGGUCAAAAUCAUC